AUGGUGAAGGGACGCCGAGAGCGAGUCAGACUCUAUGUAAGAGGAACCAUCUUGGGUUACAAGAGGUCGAAGUCGAACCAGUAUACAAACACUUCAUUGAUCCAGAUUGAGGGAGUUAACAGCAAGGAGGAAGUAGCUUGGUACUGUGGCAAGCGUAUGGCCUACAUUUACAAGGCUAAGGUGAAGAAGAAUGGCUCUCAUUAUCGUUGCAUUUGGGGAAAGGUUACUAGACCUCAUGGUAACAGUGGUGUUAUUCGUGCUAAGUUCAAGUCUAACCUUCCCCCUAAAUCCAUGGGAGAUAAAGUUAGAGUCUUCAUGUACCCCAGCAAUAUAUGAGUUGUCUAGAUGCCAGAUGGAGUUCAAUUGAUGACUCGAGUGACUCUGGAUUUUCACUUUGUUCUUAUAAACUUAGUUAAAUUGUUGUGUGUUUUGGAGCAGUCAUUUUGUUUGUUUAGGAUGGUGGAUGAGACUCUGCGUUUCUUUACAUAUUUCUAUCAAGGAUUUUCCACCUAUUUCUUCCUUACCUUUGACGUUUUGGGUAAUCAAUCAUUUAUGGAACUGAAAAGCAACUUUGAUCUA